AUGGACGGCGAUGGCGGCCGCCGGGACGGGCCCCGCGCGCUGACGGAGGCCGGGCGCGGCGCGGGGCCCGCGGGCAUGGCGGAGCCCGCGGCGGUGCCGCGGGCGCGGGCGGCGCGGCCCGGGCCCCAGCGCUUCCUGCGGCGCAGCGUGGUAGAGUCGGACCAGGAGGAGCCGCCGGGCCUGGAGGCGGCCGAGGCGCCGAGCGCGCAGCCCCCGCAGCCGCUGCAGCGCCGGGUGCUGCUGCUCUGCAAGACACGCCGCCUCAUCGCCGAGCGCGCCCGCGGCCGCCCCGCCGCCCCUGCAGCUCCCGCGGCCGCCGCGCCGCCCGGCGCCCCCGCAGACCCCGGCCCUCAGCCCGCGGGCGCGCAGGAGCCCGGCCCCGACCCCGAGCCCGCGCCCCCCGGAGGCCCCCGCGAGGAGGAGGCGGCGGCGGCGGCGGCCGCGGGGCGAGAGGACGCCGCGGCGUCCGAGGCGAGGCCGGAGCCUGGGCGCACACGCCGGGACGAGCCCGAGGACGAGGACGACGACGAGGACGACCUCAAGGCCGUGGCCACCUCCCUGGACGGCCGCUUCCUCAAGUUCGACAUCGAACUGGGCCGCGGCUCGUUCAAGACGGUCUACAAGGGGCUGGACACGGAAACCUGGGUGGAGGUGGCCUGGUGCGAGCUGCAGGACCGGAAGCUCACCAAGCUGGAGAGGCAGCGGUUCAAGGAGGAGGCCGAGAUGCUCAAGGGCCUGCAGCACCCCAACAUCGUGCGGUUCUAUGACUUCUGGGAGUCCAGCGCCAGGGGCAAGAGGUGCAUCGUGCUGGUGACGGAGCUGAUGACCUCGGGGACACUGAAGACGUACCUGAAGCGGUUCAAAGUGAUGAAGCCCAAGGUGCUCCGCAGCUGGUGCCGGCAGAUCCUGAAGGGGUUGCUCUUCCUGCACACCAGGACGCCCCCCAUCAUCCACCGGGACCUCAAGUGCGACAACAUCUUCAUCACAGGGCCCACCGGCUCCGUGAAGAUCGGCGACUUGGGCCUGGCCACUCUCAAGAGAGCGUCCUUUGCCAAGAGUGUGAUCGGUACCCCUGAGUUCAUGGCGCCUGAGAUGUACGAGGAGCAUUAUGACGAGUCCGUGGACGUCUAUGCCUUUGGGAUGUGCAUGCUGGAGAUGGCUACCUCCGAGUACCCCUACUCCGAGUGCCAGAACGCUGCCCAGAUCUACCGGAAGGUCACCUGUGGCAUCAAGCCUGCCAGCUUUGAGAAAGUGCACGAUCCCGAAAUCAAGGAGAUUAUUGGGGAGUGCAUCUGCAAAAACAAGGAGGAAAGGUACGAGAUCAAGGACCUGCUCAGCCACGCCUUCUUCGCAGAGGACACGGGCGUGAGGGUGGAACUGGCCGAGGAAGACCACGGCAGGAAGUCUACCAUCGCCCUGCGGCUCUGGGUUGAGGACCCCAAGAAACUGAAGGGCAAGCCCAAGGACAAUGGGGCCAUAGAGUUCACCUUUGACCUGGAGAAGGAGACGCCUGACGGUGUGGCACAGGAGAUGAUUGAGUCGGGAUUCUUCCACGAGAGUGACGUGAAGAUUGUGGCCAAGUCCAUCCGCGACCGUGUAGCAUUGAUCCAGUGGCGGCGGGAGAGGAUCUGGCCAGCUCUGCAGCCCCCGGAACAACGGGACCCAGGCAGCCCCGACAAGGCCAGGGGCCCACCUGCACCCCUGCAGGUCCAGGUGACCUAUCAUGCGCAGGCCGGGCCGCCGGAGCCCGAGGAACCUGAGGCGGACCAGCACCUCCUCCCCACCGCACUGCCGGCCAGCGCCACCUCCCUGGCCUCGGACAGCACCUUCGACAGUGGCCAGGGCUCCACGGUGUACUCGGACUCACAAAGCAGCCAGCAGAGUGUGGUGCUGGGCUCGCUGGCGGAUGCGGCACCGCCCCCCACCCAGUGUGUGUGCAGCCCCCCGGUGAGCGUGAGUGUCAGCGACGGCCCAGUCCUGCCCUACAGCCUGCCCUCUCUGGGGACCUACCAGCAGCCUGCCGCGCCUGGCCUGCCGGUGGGCUCCAUCCCGCCCCCAGCCCACCCUCCGCUCCCACAGCAGCAUUUCCCAGAGCCGGCCAUAAGCUUUGCCCCCGUGCCGACGGGCCCAGGCCAGCCUGCGCCCCCCGGCCAUCAGCCUCCUCCGCUGGCCCAGCCAGCGCCCCUGCCACCUGUCCUGGCCGCACCGUCCGUGGGCCCUCUCCAGCCGGUGCCCCCCCACCUGCCUCCCUACCUAGCUCCGACGUCCCAGGUGGUGGCCCCUGCUCAGUUGAAGCCCCUCCAGAUGCCACCAGCACAUCUGCAGCCACUCUCUCAAGUGCCUGCUCAGGUGCCUCCGCUUCCUGUGGGGCCCUCCAUCGCACCCCUGGCCCCCAUCGACGGCCUCCCCACAGCUCUCCCCGACCUGCCGGCUGCCAGCGGGCCCGCUGUGCCUACCCCCUCUCAGUAUUUCUCUCCCACCGUCAUCUUGCCGAGCCUCCCGGUCAGCGCCGCUGCCGCCCCCCUGCCCGCGUCACCGGCCCUGCCUCUGCAGGCGGUCAAGCUGCCCCACCCCGCUGGGGCGCCGUUGGCUGUGCCCUGCCGGACCAUUGUGCCAAACGUGGCUGCCGCUGCCACUGCCAUCCCUCUGCUGGCCGUGGCCCCGCAGGGUGUGGCCGCCCUGUCCAUUCACCCUGCUGCCAUGGCCCAGCUCCCGGCCCAGCCUGUGUACCCGGCAACCUUCCCGCAGAUGGUGCCCAGUGACAUCCCACCCUCUCCCCUCCACGUGGCGCAGAACGUGCGGGCUGCCCCUGCACAGCCGGCGCCCCCCACCCUGCCGCAGCCCCACCAGCCAAGCAUUGCGCGCCUUCCCGAGCAGGCUGCUCCAGCAGGCGGGGCGGGAAGCCAGAUCCUACUUGGCCACCCGCCUCCAUAUGCUGCAGAUGUCACCGCCCAGGUCCCCGUGGCGCCUGCGCCAGCCACCAUCCUCUCCCCACCUCUGCCGGAAGCAUUGCCGCCCACUGUCCCCGAGCUGCCUCAGCUCCCCAGCUCCUUGGCCCCUGCAGUGGUAGCUGCUUCUCAGAGCCUGCCCAUCCAGACCGCCCCACUCCUGCCGCCUGCUACCCGCCCACUGCCGCCCACUGGGCCCGGGAUUACCAGCCCCUGCCCGGCCGUGCGGCUGACGGUGGAGCCGGCCCCAGAGGAGCAGGCCUCCCAGGACAAGCAGCCCGGCCCCCCACAGAGCUGCGAGAGCUACGGAGGGUCCGAUGUUCCCUCCGGCAGAGAGACGAGCGACAGCUGUGAGGGUGCGUUCGGCGGGGGGCGGCUGGAAGGCAGGGCCACCCGGAAACAUCACCGCCGGUCGACACGUGCACGCUCCCGCCAGGAGAGAGCCAGCCGCCCCCGGCUGACCAUCCUGAACGUGUGCAACACGGGCGACAAGAUGGUGGAGUGCCAGCUAGAGACACACAACCACAAAAUGGUGACGUUCAAGUUCGACCUGGAUGGGGACGCGCCCGAUGAGAUUGCCACCUACAUGGUGGAGCACGAUUUCAUCCUGCAGGCUGAGCGGGAGACGUUCAUCGAACAGAUGAAAGACGUCAUGGACAAGGCAGAGGACAUGCUCAGUGAGGACACAGACAUCGACCGUGGCUCUGACCCUGGGACAAGCCCACCGCACCUCAGCACCUGCAGCCUGGGCACCAGGGAGGAGAGUCACCAGUCCCAGGCAAAUGCCCCUGUAUAUCAGCAGAACGUCCUGCACACAGGGAAGCGGUGGUUCAUCAUCUGUCCAGUGGCUGAGCACCCAGCGGUGGAGGCCCCUGAAUCUUCGCCCCCACUUCUUCCAAGCUCUGUGCAGCCAGAAGCCAGCCAAGAUACCGCGCCCUGUAAAGACCAGCUGUCCUUAAGGGAAAAGUCCAGCUUCCCAGCCAGUCCGCAGCCUCUGAGCCAAGCAGGCCCCAGGGACAUCCCUGGUGGUGCCCCAGCCCCUUUGGUGCCAUCCUCCCCUCCUGUGACUGCUCUGCCCCAGGACACGGCUGCACCAGCUGCCAGCCCCAAGUCAGAGCCAGCAGUGGGGACUGCUGUGCAGGCAGGGGGUCCAGGGACCUCUCAGGGGACGGCCAGUGAGCGCGAGACCCCCCAGCCACUGGCAGAGACUCGAGACACCCAGCUUGCUGCACAGCCUCUGGGUGCGGGCGGAGGGCCUUGUGCCCCACCUCUGGAGGCCCCCCGUUACCCCACAGGUUUGGGAGAGCCCGCCUCAGCCAGGGAGGCCACUGCCCAGGGCGAGCCCUUGCGGGCUCCGGCCCCUGCACCCAGUGCCCCCAGUGGGAGCCCUCAGCCUGCCCUGGGCCAGCCCCUACCCCCGCUCCCCCCUGCAGUGGGGGCCAUCAGCUUAGCCACCCCCCAGCUCCCCAGCCCCCCCCUGGGGCCCACCGUGCCCCCCCAGCCACCCUCUGCCUUGGAGUCAGAUGGGGAGGGGCCGCCCCCCAGGGUGGGCUUUGUGGACAGCACCAUCAAGAGCCUGGACGAGAAGCUCCGAACUCUGCUUUACCAGGAGCACAUGCCCACCUCCUCAGCCUCGGCUGGGACCCCUGUGGAGGUGGGGGACCGAGACUUGACCCUGGAGCCCCAGCCUGUGGAUGUCCCUGCUUCUGCCUUCCCUGCACAUCCGGAGCCCGCAGACCGCAGCAGUGGGGUCCCUGGGGAAUCCUCAGCCCAGCCCACACUGAGCAGCCUGGGGACAUUGAUGGAAGACAGCCAGACCGGCCACCCCCAGAUGCAGGACAUUCUCGCCUCAGAGUCCCCCCAGAAGCAUCUAGGACAGCAGGACAGCAGCUCACCAGCCAAAACCGUGGGCCGGUUCUCGGUGGUCAGCACGCAGGACGAGUGGACCCUGGGCACCCCCCACAGCCUGCGGUACUCGGCACCCCCGGACGUGUACCUGAAGGAGGCCCCCCACAGCCCCGACGUGAAGCUGGCUGUGCGGCGGGCGCAGACAGCCUCGUCCAUCGAGGUCGGCGUGGGUGAGCCGGUGUCCAGCGACUCUGGGGAUGAGUGUCCGCGCAGGAGGCCCCCCGUGCAGAAGCACGCCUCCCUGCCCAGCGGCGGCGGCGUGGCCAGCGACUUGGUGAAGAAGGCCACCGCCUUCCUGCACAGGUCCUCGCGGGCUGGCUCCCCAGGGCCGGAGACGCCCAGCAGGGUGGGCGUGAAGGUGCCCACCAUCAGCGUGACCUCCUUCCACUCUCAGUCAUCCUACAUCAGCAGCGACAACGACUCGGAGAUUGAGGAUGCGGACAUCAGGAAGGAGCUGCAGAGUCUUCGGGAGAAGCACCUGAAGGAGAUCUCGGAGCUGCAAAGCCAGCAAAAGCAGGAGAUCGAGGCUCUGUACCGGCGCCUGGGCAAGCCGCUGCCCCCCAACCUGGGCCUCUUCCACACGGCCCCUCCCGCCGGCCGCAGGAGAAAGAGCAAGAGCAAGCUCAAGGCAGGGAAGCUGCUCAACCCGCUGGUGCAGCAGCUCAAGGUCGUGGCCUCCAGCACAGGUCACUUAUCAGACUGCAGCAGAGCCCCUCCUGCUAAGGACCCUGCCCAAGCCGGGGCAGGGCCCGCGGCAGCUUCAGACCCGUGUGGGAAGGCAGUUCAGACCCAGCAGCCUUGCUCCAUGCGGGCCUCCCUGUCUGCAGACAUCUGCUCCGGCUUAGCCACUGACGGAGGCGGAGCGCACGGCCCAGGGUCUGCCCUGAAGCGUCUCUGUCUAGGCAAAGAGCACAGCAGUCGGUCCUCCACCAGCAGCCUGGUCCCGGGCCCCGAGCCGGGCCCCCAGCCCACCCUGCACGUCCAGGCCCAGGCAAACAACAGCAACAACAAGACAGGCACCUUCACGGAUGACCUGCACAAGCUGGUGGACGAGUGGACGAGCAAGACGGUGGGGGCCGCCCAGCUGAAGCCCUCGCUCAACCAGCUGAAGCAGACGCAGAGGCUGCACGGCAUGGAGGUCACGGCGGGCUGGCCCCCAGCCGCGAGCGAGCCGCAGGCCAUGAACGCCUCUCGAGCAGCAGUGGGGACACCAUGUCUGACCCCAGCGCCCAGCCCUCUAGCCACCGCGGCCAUUCCUGGAACCACCCCAGCCCUGCCCAUGCCAGAUUCUGAGAGUGAGAAGCCCGACUGAGCCCAGGCAGGCCAGCCCGACCCCGACGCCAGGCCCCGUGUCGUCACACGUGGAGAAGGCGAGUCCACGCCUCGUGUCCAGUUCACGCUGUUUUGUAACCACUUUCUAAGCAUUUUUUACUCACAACUGGAAACACAAACAUAAUACAAGAAUAAAGAAUAUUUUGGGGGAAAA